CUUUUCAGCUUUUGCUCGGUUAACUCGUCAAGAAUACCGGAAGGUGAUUCCUUUCAGCUUUCGCUCGGUUUAGCGCGCUCUUUAAUUGAGCUUCUCUGAUCUCGUCUCAACUCAACCCAACCUGUCUCGCACGCUCCCCCUCCUCGCUCUUACACGCGCCGCAUCAAUGGCGGAGAAGGAAGAAUGCAAGGUUCUCAUUGAGCAAUCCAGCAAGGACGCUGCUGAUCCACCACGCCCAGACGAGGAUGACGAUGAAGACGACAACUCGAGCUUCAUCGUGCUCCUCAACCUCGUCCUGGGCGGCACGGCGCGCCUCAACGUCCUCCUCCCGACCGCCACCAUCCUCGCCUUCGCCAUCUUCGCCCCUCUCCUCACCGACGACGGCAAGUGCGCCCGGCCGAACCGCAUCCUGACGGGGGCCUUCGUCGCCCUCUGCGCCGCCUCCUGCGUCUUCUUCACGCUCACCGACAGCUUCCGCUCUCCCUCCGGCCGCCUCCGGUACGGCGUCGCCACGCCCUCGGGCAUCCGCACGUUCUGCGGCGGCGGCGGCGGCGGCCGGAGGAAGGGGCCGAGGGAGCCGGAGCUGUACAGGCUGCGGUGGUCGGACCUGUUCCACACGUCGCUGGCGCUGGUCGCGUUUGUGACGUUCGCCGCCUCGCACCACGACAUCGUCCUGUGCUACUACCCCGGCGUGCCCCGGAAGGUCGUCAACACCGUGCCGCUCGUGAUCGGCUUCGUGGUGAGCCUCCUCUUCGUGCUGUUCCCGUCCAAGAGGAGAGGAAUCGGGUACCCGUUCCUGCUCCGCACCGAUCUCGUGUACCUGCGCCGCUGAAAAGGACUGGAAAUUUGAUCGGACCGGAUUGGACUAUGUGUGCUGUUUACACCAGAAUUCUGAAAAACUCGAUUUUCUAUAAUUUGCUUCAAGUUUGAACACAUUGCAACCGUGAUUCUUUCAAUUUGUAUACAUGGAAAAAUUCA